AUGGAUAGCCUCGCUCUUGCUUCUGAUUCCCUUGCGAUACACCGAUUCCAGCUUGCCGUGAUAUUGGCCAUCGCCACCGUCUUUGCUGUACAUGGAGUAGAGUUCAUCUUCCAACCUCAAGGUGCCUUAAUUGCUGUCGGUGUAGGAUGGUUACUUUUGACCAUGGUAAACCUCGUAUGGAUCCUAUAUUUGACAUCGGAAGAAGAUUCGUUCUUCUACAACAUUUUGAACUCGGGUGGUAACGGUGGACUUUCUGGUCCCAGCAGACGGAUGGGAUCUACUCCUAUCGCUCACAGGGAUUCUGCGUCUGGAUUUGGUGGUGGAGGAGGUGAAAUGGGACUCGGAGGAGGUGGGAUGCACAACAUGUCCAGAGGUAUUUCAUCACACAACAUUAACGGUGGGGGCGGUGGGGGAGGAUUCUCUGGCGGUGGCUAUGCCCCCGCUGCAACGGAAGGUACACCUCAGAAAGCACCUUCUGCUAGAAAUGAUUAUCACAGUCCUGGAGGCGAGGAGCAGGAGUACAAACACCGUGCAAAAGCAAUGUACGCAUAUUCUGCUUCACCUGAUGAUCCCAAUGAAGUAUCGUUCGCGAAAGGAGACAUGCUUGAAGUUCUCGAUAAUACUGGUAAAUGGUUCCAAGUCCGAACUCCCACGGGGGCAACAGGUAUCGCUCCUUCGAACUACCUUACGUUGCUCUGA